AGUGCAAGUUCUGUGAGUUUAAAUCAUAAAACUGCUAUUUUAACUCAAAGCUUUUAAGCUCUCUGAGUCUUUACUCAAAAUGAAGAUAAAGAUUGAUCAGAUUCGGACUUAUGAUGAUGCAGGUUAUCGACAGAGAGCCGCUUGUCUAUGUUUUAGAUCUGAAUGUGAAUCAGAGAUUCUUUUGGUAUCAAGCAGUCGUUUUCAUGACCUUUGGAUUGUUCCAGGGGGAGGACUUGAGCCAGGAGAGGACCCUGCUACAACCGCUGUUAGAGAAGUCCAUGAAGAGGCAGGAGUGGUCGGCCAACUUGGCAGGUUAAUUGAUGUGUUCGAGAACAAGGAAAGGAACACAAAGACUUAUGUCUAUGUUCUGAUUGUUCAACAACUUGAUGAGGAAUAUGAUGAUGCUAAAGGUAUUGGUCGCAUUCGAAGGUGGUUUACUAUUCCUGAGGCAAAUAAGAUUCUUAGCCAACACAAGCCAGUACAGAUGGAGUACAUUGAAAAACUUUGCCAAGACCAGGAUCAUCAACGCAGAAUUUCAUUGUGUGGACGUAUCAUUCCAACCUCGAUAGAUUGCAAUUUGCCUACUUUACACCCACGCUUGGGUCCCAACGUUUGCACUAGAUGCCAGAAAGGUUACACCCAACAAAACUGCCCAGCGGUGUCGUGCACACCUUCCCACGCACCCAGGGAUUCCUCGGAGACAGAUAAACAGUCAACGGCAUCCGCGGCAACGCCCGAUCAAACAAAACUUUGGCCGGUACUGGACCAAAAUAUUGAUUCAGGUCUUAUCAACGCAGUUGCAUUGGGCCCACAUUGACGAAGGACUCGUUUCGUGGUAUUUCUGCUUUUAUCGUUUGUUUUUAAUUCAACAGAUAAAGAAGUUUUGCUCGUUGCGUGACGCGCAGUUUUCGGUUGAAUGGUCGAAUUUAUACAUCGUUUUCGCUUUUUCUUGUCACUGCGUCUUGGUAUCGUGCAUGUCCAGACACGCGUUUAAAUGGUUAGUAUGCACAGAACAUGUGUUUGUAACGUUCGACAUUUUCAAUUGAUCUCUGCCGUUUCCAUCAAGUUUUAAAUUAGUUCAAUUUUUUGUUCGAUUUAAGCCGAAAUUUGAUGGCUGUCGCAUCAAGUGCUAUCAUGUACAACCCGACUUUGGUAUACUGCCUCAAUAACCACCCCCACUGUUUUACGAAUCUUAAGCGAUAAAAACACCUCGUUUUACAGUUAUGUUUUUUUCGCCUAAAAAGUUUGUUGGCCAUUUACUGAUUCUUUGCAAAUUUCGACGCUCCUAAAGUUUCUUUAUUGUUAUAAAAGAUUCAUGCGCAUUGAUUGGCGUUUGCGCAUUCCCGUAUCUAAUUUUAGUUCCGUCUUGCGGCCUGGCCCCCUUGUAUAGAAGUGGAAGCACUCGAAAGUAAGGUCUGAAUGCCGUAGACGCCCUUGGUACGCUCCUGUAACAUACGAGUGUCUAUUUGAUUUUAUUUCUGGAACCGAACACGCGCGAACGCGUGUUCAUCGUCUGCUCGCAUUGUGUGUGCUUACCUCAGAACGGAAGCCCCGACACAUGAGCCUUGUAUAACAUUAUCAUCGAAUUCGGAACUACCUUUAAGAAUGUGGGCGUUGUCCACAUAUUGCGCUUUGUUUACGUUACCAUUGCGUCGACACCUUCGCCCCUCUCGUUCACUCUUUUAAUUUUCUUACCCUGCGGUAUGGUUCGUGACGUCAUUUCGUUUCCCUACAGCGCCAUUGAGUAUAUAGUUGCACCAUCGGUCGUCAUUUCUGCUUUUUUUCGAUCGAAGCUAAUCGUUAUUUCAGAAGCCAAACAAACUCGGACGAAAUUGUUAGACCGGAAAAAGUACAAGUUUAAUCCUAUUUUACGUCACCCGACUCAAUCCUCAAACUGAAGGUUUAUUGCGCUUUAACUUGGCGUCAGUAUUCGUAAAACUGUAGGGUAAAAUGCCAAAGCGCUGCCCCCAAAUAAAUAAUGCAUGAUCAAAACAACAGCAGCAGACUAAGAAAGUCCGUAGUUUUAACGUGAAACAAACAACAAACUGUGUAUUGCUUAAGUAAAUUGUUUGUCUGAUUUGAACGUUUUGAACCAUUAAAUCUAAAAUCGUAUGAGGCUAUUUUUGUUUUACUUUUGGGGUGGUAUUUUACGUACACGUCAGUAAGAUAUUCUCAUAUUCUGUGGCGGAAAAUCCGUCAUGUUAUGUAAACUGUCGUUCUUUGAAUACCAAUGUUUGGCCCGCUAUAAUAUUUGCUUUUAUAUAAAUAUGGUUUAAACUGAAACAUCAGUGUUGUCAGACGAUGCCUCCUUAUAUUAUUUCACUGUAUCUCGCUUUUUUCACCCGCUUUUCGGUCAUCACUUGGAUCGUAUAAAUUUGCUGUGUUAGUGUUUCGGUGGCGAUGGUGCUUUCUUGCAGUCGUGCCGCCAAACUCAGCCGUUUUGAUUUUCUAUUUAGCGCACAUUCGGAAUACAAUACAUCGCUCAUUGAUUGUAA